AUGUCUUUCGCAACCCCUCUUAAGCUCCCACCCGGCGUGGACGCUACUCAGUUCGAGUUAUACGUGAAACGUGCAACCGAGAUUGUGGGCGCCGAAAAUGUAACCGUCAUCUCCAAGGUCGAGGAGCUCGACAAGAAGUCGUACCUUGACCCGUCCAAGGCGCACGACAUGUUCCAUAUGUUCGAGAAGGACCAAUUCAUUGCUUCGGCCGUGGUGGCGCCUCGCAAGGUGACCGAAGUGCAGGCCGUCAUGAGGUUGUGUAACGAGUUCAAGAUGCCCAUCUGGCCGUUCUCCAUCGGCCGCAAUGUCGGAUACGGAGGUGCAGCACCCCGUGUUCCCGGUAGCGUGGGCUUGGACAUGGGUCGAAAUAUGAACAAGGUCCUCGAGGUGAAUGAGCAGAAUGCUUACUGCUUGCUCGAGCCUGGUGUGUCGUAUACUGAUCUCUACAAUCAUCUGGUUAAGAAGAAACUCAAUGACAAGCUGUGGGUCGAUGUUCCGGAUCUGGGUGGCGGCUCAGUCUUGGGCAACUGCAUUGAGCAUGGCAAGAAGAUACUCGAAUAG